UUUCUUUUGGCAUUUCUGUUCACAUGUCUGCUGCUGGUUUCUUUUUGCAUCAAUCUAAGUAUGCCACUGAGAUCUUAGCCAAAGCUGGGAUGUCCCACUGCAAGCCCUAUGCCUCUCCCAUGGCUACUAAAUCCUCCAGCUUCCCCGACUCUGAUCUUCCUUUUGCUCAGCCUGCUUUGUAUCGCAGUAUUGUUGGGGCUCUUCAAUAUCUGACCAUUACUCGCCCCGACAUUGCUUUCGCUGUCAACUCUGCCUGUCAACAUAUGCAUGCUCCUUUGGUUAGUCAUUUUAAUGCUGUCAAACGCUUAUUGCGUUAUUUGAAAGGAACUCUUCAUAAGGGCCUUCAGUUUCAGCCUGGCCCUCUUGUUCUCACUGCCUAUUCGGAUUCCGACUGGGCUGGGAAUGCCCUUGACCGCAGGUCCACUACUGGCUUUUGUAUUUUUCUGGGUCCCAACUUGGUUUCUUGGUCUGCGCAGAAACAACCUACUGUUUCUCGCUCCUCCACUGAAGCUGAAUAUCGCGCUCUUGCUCAGACUUCAGCCGAGCUUAGCUGGCUUGGCAUGCUUCUUCGGGAUCUGCACAUUCCUUUUGUCCCCCCUACUCUAUGGUGUGACAAUCUCUCUGCCAUUGCCCUGUCUAGUAAUCCGGUUUUUCAUGCUCGGUCUAAACAUAUUGAAGUGGACUAUCAUUUUGUUCGUGAGCGUGUUGCUUCCAAACAGUUGCUUAUCAAACAUCUUGCUACUGCUGACCAGAUUGCUGAUAUCCUCACAAAACCCCUUUCAGUUUCUCGGUUUAACUUUCUUCAACACAAGCUUCUGGCUCAUUCUUCUCCUAUCAGCUUGACGGGGCAUGUUAAGCAAACUCAGCCUUCACCUUCACAGUUGCAGUCUUCACUCUCAACACUGCCGAAGCAGGUGCACCAGCAUGAUCAAAACAACUCCACCUCAUCUGAAGUCUGUUAGAUUAGUUAGCACUAGUUAGUAUUAACUCUAGCAGUUGUAAAGUUGUUAGAACUAUAGUUAAAUGUAACUAUAGUUAGGUAGAGUAUAUUAGUUUAUAAAUACUGUACAUGAUUAAGUGAGAUCAAUUUGAAUAUUGAUAAAAAAUCUGUUUUGACUCUUCUCUGCUUUAUCUUGAAUCUGCUUUAGUCUCAUUCACAAUUUUUCCUGGAAUGUUGCAAUUUUCCUUGAUUACAUCAUUGUUCUCUGGUGAACCAGAUUGUACACAGCACGUGCAACUAGUGGGGCAUGGUUUCGCUAUUUGAAUUCCCACCUGGAUUGAUGAUUCCGUUUGAACUAGGUGGAACGAGUUGGACUGAUCCACGCUCCUCAAGCCUGUGUCCAAAUGACCAAGCUCACCAGAAGACCUGCACAAGAGUUCAACGGGGAACGGGGAGUCCCCCAGCGAACCCUCCGACGAGAAAGUUAGAGAGAGAAGUAGAAUGUAGAGCUGGAUUAGAUAGAAAGCUUAACCUUCUUCCCGUCUUCGACGUCUACUUAUAUUCUCUGGUAAUCAUUUCGUUGUCUCUUCCAACCUAUCACCUUGGCCGAAAGUCUAUACUCUAGCUUACCUUGUUCAUGGUGAAGCCGUUCUGUCUCGACGGAGAGGGGUUAUCUCAACAAAUGCUGUAAGAAGCUUCAUUAAUGGCGAUGUGCAGUGGCAAUAACUUUGCAGAUCUUUAUCUGCUUAUGUGGCUUGCCCUUCUCUUGCCAUGUGUCUUGAUGUUAUUGGUUCUCGUUGCUACGUGGGGCUUCAGCUAUGCUGGGCUUUAGUAUUUGAGUUAUGUAUUGGGACCUAAAUGGUGGGCUAUAAUCUUUAUGGGCUUACCCAUGUCAUGGAUGAUUAAAAAAUGAUAUUGGAUUUUCCAUUCAUCUGAUUCAUGUAUUUGUUGAAAAACUUAUAUAGUUAGGUUCAUUGAUCAAGUAGUUUUGAGGGUUUUAAAUUCUCUUUGAUAUGAGAUUCACAAGUUACCUUUAUGGUAGGCAUGCAUAUCUUGAUGAUCUUGGAAGAACAGAAUGGGAAGGAUUUCCUUCAGGGACUAGAGCAGCUGCUGCUGGUUUGUAGAUCUCAGUUCUUUAUAUCUAGUCUUGCUUCGAUCAUAUUUAGGAGAAGAGUUCAUAGAUUUCUCAGAAGCUAAUGCUUUAAAACUUUUUGAGUACAUGUCUCAUUUACAUAAAUACCUAACCCUAUUGGGUUAUCUUAUAUAUAGAAAUAAGAAUUCAUUCUUUGUUAUAUCUAAUUAUAUCUGGUUGUUGGCUUUGUAAAUCAAACUUUUAUUUGCACAUGUAACUACGAACUUAAUUAACUUUGUUUAAAUAGGUGGGUUAACAACUUUGGUUGACAUGCCUCUUAAUAGUUUUCCAUCUACAACUUCCGAAGAAACUUUUGAACUCAAGGUAUGGAUGGUUAACACCAUUAAUUUUUCAUUUUUUUACCAUGGAGGCUCUGCUUGAAGUUAAAGCCUGUUUAUAUCUUUCUGUUUAACUCUUCAAUUUUCUUCUUUAAAAUCAUUAUAGUAAGCUUGCAAUAAUCAUCAUAAUCCUAUCUCAACUCACUUAAAGAGAAUUUUUGACAAGGAAAUUUGGAACAAUUAAAAAAUCAGACUUGGUUUGAUCUUCCGUAAAAUACUGAACACUCAAAAAGUGAAAUUCCCAGGAACUUAGCUUCACUUUUUAAUUAGGUAGUUAGAAACUUAGAAGUCUGCUCAGAGUUUUUAUUUUUAAAUUUGAUAAGUAUGAACAGAAGUUUAUGUUCUUAGUUUAUAUUCUGAGUUUAUAUUCUGAGUUUAUAUUCUUUUGUAUUAUUGUAGCACCAAAAGUUAGUCUUGGUUGAAUCUUUCAGAGACAACUAAACACUCUAAAAGCGAGCUCCCAAAUUGUUUUUGAGUUCAUAUUCUUAUUGUACAAAAACUUGCUGUUACUACUUGCUGUUACUCUCAAACAUUGUUGCUCAACACCUGGUAUAUCAGAAAACAUUUUAAUUUUAAUUUUAUUUUAUUGGAUUGAUUUCCAAUUCUCUUUUUUUUUUUGAUCGGCAAAAAGAAUACUUUAUUGAUGGAAAAACAAAGAUUACAUCAAUAAAGGGGAGCUUGGAGCUUAAAACAAGCUCCAACCUCCAAGUUGGUGAGAAACCAACGAGCCAAACAAAACAAAGGAAGAACACAUUUGAACAUUUGAAGCACCAAUAACACCAAAACCAGAGCAGGCAAACAGAACAGAUAGCCCACAGUUGAAGCACCAAACAGAUCAGGUCCUGCAGUUAGUUAGGCACCAAGACAGAACAGAUAGCCAGCAUUCCUACAAACUAAUUAAAUACAGCAGCAACAGCAGUUCACCCACCAAGAUUGUUAGCCCAACACAUCUGCAGUUCACUACUACGGCCCUAUUAAACAGAUUAUACACCAGAUCAUCAACAGAAUAGCAAAAGGAAGGACUAAAGGCCCUGAACCACAUUGCAAAAGGAAGGACUAAGGACUAAAGGACCAAUUCUCUUUGAUAAUGUGUUCCUUUAUGUGUCCUUCGGGGAUCAAUGACUUUCCCAUGACAAAUGCUGGCCAUAUUAAGAGUAUCUCAGCUGACAUGGGAUCAAGACUAUCUGGAAAAGUUUUGGCGACUUUCGUGAGAGGCAACCUCGUCUACAAAGAAG